GUUCCUCGUCGGAGCAGUGAAGGGGGGACAGCAGUAUCGUCCGGAGGUCCGCUGGGAAGAUGAGCACCAAACAGGUGACCUGCAGGUAUUUCCUCCACGGCGUGUGCAGGGAGGGCAGCCGCUGCCUGUUCUCUCACGACCCCACCAGCAGCAAGCCGUCCACCAUCUGCAAGUACUACCUGAGAGGAGCGUGUGCUUACGGAGAGCGCUGCAGGUAUGACCACAUCAAACCCUCCUCCAGGGGAGGUGGAGGGGGGGGUGGAGCUCCAGAGGACCUGGCAGGGGGAGGCCGAGCCGGGCGAGGUGAAGCAAAGAGGACCCUGGUCCUCAGGGACAGAGGUGACGAACACAACGCUGUGUCUUUCUUUCUGGGCAACACCAGCCGUGUCCCCCCUCUACCAACGUGUCCUCCCUGUCCACCAGCUCUGGGCAGCGACGGGGCGUUCGGGGGCCCGGCAGACACUCAGAGGCUAGCGGCCCCGGCGGCCCUGGCGGCCCCAGCGGCGGCGGCGGCCGCAGCUCCUCCUCCACAGUCGUACGUGGACGCCAUCCGAACCGGGCUGGACCCCUCGUCUCAGGAACCAGUGCCGCUAGCGGUGGGCGGAGCUUACCAGGACCUCUUGUGUCCCUACGCCGCCGGCGGACACUGUUUCUAUGAAGAGAGCUGCACGUAUCUCCAUGGCGACCGCUGCGACGUCUGUGGGCUGCAGGUGCUGCACCCCCACGACCCCGAGCAGAGGAGAGCGCACGAGAAGAUGUGUAUGCUGGCGUUUGAGGCCGACAUGGAGAAGGCGUUUGCUGCUCAGCUCAGCCAGGACAAGGUGUGCUCCAUCUGCAUGGAGCUGGUGGUGCAGAAGGCCAACCCAUCGGACCGCAGGUUCGGCAUCCUGUCCUCCUGCUGCCACGUCUUCUGCCUGGCCUGCAUUCGACAGUGGCGCUGCACCAGGAACUUCAGCAACAAGAUCAUCAAAUCGUGUCCAGAGUGCCGAGUCAUCUCGGAGUUCGUCAUCCCCUCAGUCUACUGGGUGGAGGAUCAGGAUGACAAAGAAAACCUCAUAGAGCUGUUCAAGUCUGGCGUCAGUAAGAAGGCCUGCAAGUACUUCGACCAGGGCCGCAGCUCCUGUCCCUUCGGGGGGAAGUGUCUGUAUCUGCACGCCUUUCCGGACGGAACCCGAGCAGAACCGGACCGGCCGCGGAAGCAGCUGAGCUCCGAGGGGAACGUCCGGUUCAUGAACAACGUCCGUCUGUGGGACUUCAUCGAGGAGCGCGAGCAGCGCUCGCUGCCGCCCCUGCCGUCCAUGGACGGCGACGACAUCACAGAGCUGCGGGAGCUCUUCCUGCAGAUGUCGGUGCAGCCCCACGAGGAGCUGGAGGCCCCGCCCACUGCAGACUAGCCCCAACUCUGGUUCCCAUAGUUACCUCAGCGGCGGCUCCGUUAACACAAUGAAAUGGUCGUUUUAUUUAUUGUAUAUAAAAAUAAAUCAAGAAUCUGUAUGAAAACAA